ACGUCCCUGAGUCUUAAAACGUCCCUGAGUCACGCGCCUGCGGAAUUCCGGAUUGCAAACACUGACAUAUACCUUGUGUUCCUCGAUGAAGAAAGUUUAGUCCUGACCUGGUUGCCGACCAGGUCGGACUUUGCUACUAUCUUCGUUUCUUUUUAUCCUUCGAUUUUUUAUUAGGAUUUCUAUAAUAGUACCAUUUGUGUUCGAAAAUAUCUUGAUACGUUCAACAGGUGUUCCAGACAGUAGUAACGACGAUCUUGUUGAGGUGGUUCUUCGUAGGGAUGAAGCGAAACUCUUGAAAAUCAACUAAACGCAACCGAGCAGAAAUACUUCGCCGGUUAACAGGUGCGCUACAUGAAUGCCAUCAACGAUGCACCGCCAAGUUUCUGGAAAUUCGGUGAGGAAAAAGUGGAAAACAAAAAUACGGAGAACAUUGAUAAUUCUGUCGUAAAGUGUGACGAUCAACUAGAGAUUCAUCAUGAUGCUAAAAAAAAUGAGGAAAAGAUUACAGAAGAUUCUCCUUGCGAGGUCAUGGAUUCUGAUUUAUCAAUGGAAUUAUCACCGACACUGCAAGAAAGAUUUUUACGUAUCAAACAGAAAGUGAAAGAUGCUAUAAAUGCUCGUCAUACGUUUAUGAUAUACGGAAGAGCAAGAGUGAUUCGUGAAACUUUGCUUAAGAGAGGAUGGUGCGAAAAAUUGUUUAGAAGAAAUUCAAAUGUCGAACAGUAUUUACACAUCGAGUCUAAUCCAAUAAUAUUAUUGAGAGGUAUCGGUGACUUGAAAGACCAACAAAAUGAGAGACAAUUAAUUUCAAGAAUGCUGAGCAAUCAUACCGUUGACUUCUUAUGGAAUACAGGAUCGGAAUGGCCCGGUUGGCCUUCGCAAGAAAAUAAAACCACGGUGUUCAAUAGGUUCUAUCGCGCUGGCUUUACUUCUAAGAUUGGUCUAUGUUCAAACGUCAGACAGAUGCAUUGGUAUUACGAGGCUGGAGUAGCCAACACUCUAUUUCCACGUUGCUAUAAUAUAUGUCAGGGUGAUCAGAUGCAUGCAUUUAUCGAAGAUUUUCGAUUCACCACUUGCCUGAGUCUCUUGAAGUGGCUGGUAGACAAAAUCGAUACCGAAGGUGAGAACGCAACGCGAUCACCAACAGGUACGAUACCUUUGAAAGCUCUCGACUUUGCUAUCAAAAGAUGCAGCGAUUAUAUCAGUGCACAAUCGCACGAGGACAUCGAUCGAGAAACUGAAAAGGUUUGGUCUCAUCAAUGGGACCAGUUUAUUGGAUGGUAUUAUAAAAUUGUUUCAGACGAUGCUGUAUUCAUUCGCAACAAUGUACCUUUUCAUAAAUACUUCCUGGCAGCACGACAUUUGUUAAAAAAGAUUAAAAAGUAUUGGCCACAGAUCGAUAUGGAUGGUAUUAUGAACGUUUGGAUAUUAAAACCAGGAAAUAAAAGUCGUGGUCGUGGGAUAGUAUUAAUGAACAAACUCGACCAAGUUAUUGCAAAAGUUAAUCCCUCGACCAAAGCAGAUGCUCGUUAUGUCGUUCAAAAAUAUAUUGAACGGCCACUUCUGGUUUAUAACACAAAAUUCGAUAUAAGACAGUGGUUCAUCGUGACGUGUGCACAACCCUUAACUGUAUGGAUGUUUAAAGAGAGCUAUCUACGAUUUUGUUCGCAAAAAUUCUCCCUUACGGAUUUUCACGAGUCGAUUCAUCUCUGCAAUCACGCGGUUCAAUGCAAGUAUAAAAAUAGCAUUGAUAGAGAUCCAGCACUUCCGACAGAUAAUAUGUGGGAUGCUACAACUUUCAAAGAAUAUUUGAGAUCUCAAGGUCAUGGUGAAGCAUGGGACGAGCAUAUUUAUCCUGGUAUGAAGCAAGGUUUAGUAGGAUCCCUUUUGGCCAGUCAGGAAGCGAUGGAUCGUCGAAAAAAUAGUUUUGAAUUAUACGGAGCCGAUUUUAUGGUUAUGGACGAUUUUUCUGUGUGGCUUAUCGAAAUUAACAGUCAUCCAGAUAUGAGCUAUUCUAGUAGUGUGACUACACGUUUAUGUAGACAAGUCAUGGAGGAUACUAUCAAAGUGGUAGUAGAUUAUCGAGAAAAUAAGAACGCUGAUACAGGACAAUUCGAGUUAGCGUACAAACAACGAAUGCCAAGUUGUCAGCCCUAUUUAGGAGCUGCAUUAUCCCUUCAAGGUACUCGUAUUCUCGCAAGUGAAAAAAAAUCUAAUUGGAAUCUACACGAUUCAAAGACGAGCCUUACGUCAAAACCUCCUGUGGUGCCUUUGACUAAGAAGAAAUCUGUAGUACAUAGUCAGAUCGGACCAGUGAUCGUCGAUCUGAUCGAAGAAUUGGAAAUUCAAUUGGAUCAAGAAUUUUAUUCUUAUUAUAAAACGGAAUCGCCUAAUCACAGACAAGCAUUACCAGCGACAGCACCAGUUUUCCCAAGAGGUUCCAAAUCAUCUGUGCCAUUCGAGAAACCUGAUAGAAUGACAAAAAGUACGUCUGCUGGAACAGUUCGUACUCGCGCGUGUAUGAAACAUUCUCAUUUGGAUCAGUCCAAGGUAACAUAUAAGGAAAAAACUUCAAAUCAAAAAAUUACGAGAAAAGUACGUACCACUCCUAUCACGACGAACGCUAAACGCGAAAUGUCGUCUACGAGGCAGACAUUGCUUUCGAAGAUUAUGGCUUUGCAACAACAAUCAUCCUACACUGUACCGAAAGUAAACAAAUCGUUUAAGAAGAACGAGGAAAAGAUGAUUCACACGGCUGUGCGAGAUGCUAUGAAGAAAUAUAAGAGAACUGGAAAUAUUACAGCUAAUGUACCAACCAUACCACCAUUACCAUCUUUACUUACACCACGUAACAAAGUCACUCAUACGUCAACGAUAAAAAAUAAAAGUCGAACAUAUUCGAAAAAGACGAAUGAGAAAAGAAACAAAGUUAUGACGGACGUUCCAGAUAUAUAUGCUUUUGGUCUUAGCUUAACAAAAUAAAUAAAUAAAUAAAUAAUUAAUUAAAUAAAUAAAUAAUUAAUUAAUUAAAU